GGCCCCAUGCAGGAAUACCGAACACGGCGGCGAGUCGUUUACAGCGGUGGGCCAUUAAACUAUCAGCUUACGAUUUUAAUAUAGAGUACAUUCGAUCAGAUAAAAACACGGCAGAUAUUUUGUCUAGGUUAAUUAGCACUCAUAAAGAAGGGGUUAUUAGUGAAGAAUUAGACACACCUGAACAAACGUAUUUACACUUUGCCGCGGAAGCAUUGUUAUUAGAUUAUCAAACGUUAAAAAAAGAAACCGUUUCGGAUAGUGUAUUGAGCAGAGUAGCCAGAUAUAUAAACGAUGGCUGGCCGGUCGAGGUCGAAAUGAAAGAAUUAAAACCAUAUUUUAACCGUAGAAAGGAAUUAUAUAUUGAGCUAGGGUGUGUAAUGUGGGGACAUAGGCUAGUAAUUCCUAGUACGUGUAGGAAUAAAGUGAUCGCUGAGCUUCAUGAGAGUCACAUGGGCAUAGUCAAAACUAAAUCGUUAGCGCGAAGUUACGUAUGGUGGCCGGGAAUAGACGAGGCACUAGAGACAGCAUGUUGCAGCUGCACCGUGUGCGCUGAAGUGGCGGACGCACCACCUGCGCAUGCGCCCCGCGCCUGGCCGUGGCCAGAUCGACCGUGGACCAGGAUACACGUAGACUUCUUAGGACCGGUAGCCGGUCUUACUUAUCUAGUGGUAGUCGAUGCACAUUCAAAGUGGAUUGAAGCUAUUAGAAUGCUGAGCACCACAUCGCAAGCGGUAAUAAAAGAAUUACGAGAGAUGUGGGCGAGAUUUGGGUUACCUAAACAAUUGGUUAGUGAUAAUGGCCCUCCGUUUUUCAGUGGAGAAUUUCAGCAAUUCUUAAAUAAUAAUGGUAUAGAACAUAUAUUUUCGGCACCUUAUCACCCAGCUUCUAAUGGGGCAGCGGAAAACGCUGUUAAAAUUUGUAAAAAGAGCAUUAAAAAGGCGAUUAAAUCGAAAUCCGACGUACACUCCACAUUGUGUCGUUUUCUGCUGGCGUACAGAAACACACCACACUAUACAACCGGGGAAAGCCCCGCCAAGAUGUUAUUAGGGCGCAACUUGCGCAUGCGGUUAGAUUGUUUGAAACCAGACCAGAAGGCACUUAUUAGAGCUCGCCAAGAGACAGUAGAAGCUACAUCGAGUGGCGUCACAAGACAGUUUAAUCCGGGGGACCUUGUAUGGUUCAGAGAAUACCGUAGCUCAAACAAGUGGUCUGCAGGGACUGUUAUAGAGAAAACAGGUAGUACAGAUUAUAAUGUUAAAUCUAUCCACGGCACUGAGGUGCAUAGACACAUUGACCAACUAAAACCAAGAGUGAUAAAUAGGACAGCUAGGCU